AUGGCGAGCUUUCUCCUUCUCCUGGAGCUGGGCGUCGCCUACUUUGUUUACCGAGCAACCUACUGCCUCUACUUUCACCCUCUCGUCAAAGUACCUGGUCCCAAGCUUGCUGCUCUGACCUCAUGGUACUGCGCUUACUACGACGUCAUCGAAGGCGGACAGUCCGUAUGGAAGAUCAAGACGCUCCACGAGCAGUAUGGACCGAUGGUGCGAAACGUGCCCGACGUGUUGCACGUCAAGGACCCGGCGUUCAUUGACGAGCUAUACACCCAGUCGCCACCGCAGUUCUUGUCGCAAGCCAAUGUCCGAAAACUCGUCCCCGUGGUCAACGAGACCUUGGAGGACCUGCACCGCCGGUUCGAGGGCUGGGCCAAGGAGGGCAAGCCUGUUGCGAUGAGGGCACCCUGGCCGGCAGCCACAAGAGAUGUCAUCGCCGCGUAUGCCUUUGGCGGCGGCGUCAAGUGCCUACAAAUGGCAGACUGCAAUCAGCCAUUCUUCCAACUACUAAAUCGAGAGCGCGCCGGCGAGGUCACCGUCCACUUCAGUUGGAUCAUGACAGCUAUAAUCAAGAUGCCCCCUUCCAUCAUGAACAAGUUGAGUCCUCCCAUUCCGCACUUUCAACGAUUCAUCGAUUUGGGGAAGAUUAUCGAGAGCAUUCGAAAUGACAAAGAACCCCCUGAGCGCAGCACUAUCUUCCACGACAUGCUGCGCAAGGAUGUUGUCGGGUCAGAGAAGGCGACAGCGCGCAUGGUCGAUGAGGCAAUGGUGCUUGCCAUAGCUGGGUCGGAUACGACAGCGUUGACCAUGAUAGGCAUCUGCUACGAGAACGUCACACAACCCAAGAUCUUUGAGCGUCGUCGCGCGGAGCUAGACUCGGCGUGGCCAGAUACCACGCAACCUCCUGACCCCGUGCAACUCGACCAUGUACCUUAUCUUAACGCCCUCAUCGAGGAAGCGCUACGUUUCUUUUCAUCCGCAACUCACAGGCAAGACCGCAUGGCGCCAAACGAAGACCUCGUCCACGAGUACACCGACGGCAGGACACUCACACUCCUAAGAGGCUCCAUCAUUGCCAUGACAGCGCCCCUCGUGAACCGUCACCUGUCGCUUUACGAUGACCCCGACGCCUUUGACCCUGACCGCUACAUCGGGGCCCCGAAGCUGAUGCACUUGACACUUAGCAAAGGCACAAGGCAGUGUCUCGGCAUAAACCUGGCGUAUCAGGAGCUGCAGACUUUUACAGCCGGAGUAUGGAGUAAUUAA